AUGGCAAAGCUUUCGGUGUCAUCGGCCACGCGGCACUUUCUAGCCGACACGUACCUGGGGUUCGUGUUCUGGACGGUGCUGACUUCGCUAGGCAUGUGCAUCUGGUACUUCCCGCUCUGGCACAUGGGCAUCUCCGGCUACGAAGCGGCGCUCCAUCUAGGCCUUGGGUGCAUUCAUGGGCUGCUGCGGCGACACCGCUGGGUGGCAGCGCUUUUGGGGCUCUCGGGCAUCUUCGCGUACGCCCUGAGCAGCCCCGCAUGGCGGCUGCUGGCGGUGGCAGUGGGCACGGCGGGGGUGACGCUUUGGUGGGCGGCGGCGCUGCACGAGGACGCGGUGCCGACCGGGCGCAUGGAGCGUGCGGCGAUGGCGUGGGAGGCCGGGCUGGUGGCCAGCGUCGCCGUGCGCAUGUGGUUCCAGACGAGCAACCCGGCGUGGGCCACGAUGAACGCGCUGAACGGCGGGUGGAACCGCACGGCGCUGGUCCUGGGGCUGCUGGCCGUCGCCGACGUCGCCACGCGCCGGCCGGACAGCGCGGCCGAGGCUGCGGCGGCCAAGAAGGGCGACCUGCGAGUGGCCGCCGGCCGCGUGCGCGCCGCCUGGGUGCCGGCAGCGCUGGGGCUGGGCGCCCUGCUGUUCGCCCUGCACUCGCUGUUCUCGGACUCGGCCAUCGUCCCGCGCUGGGCAUGGGCCGGGUACCCGCACACGGGCCCGGCGCCGGUGCCCUGGGGUGCGCUCGUCAUCGGCGCGCUGGGCUGCGGGUUCGCGCUCGGCCACCGGGCGCGGCUGACCACCAGCCUGCUGUGGUGGGCGCUGGGCAGCUGUGGCGCCGCGGCCGUGACGCUGUGCGACGGCUGGGCCGGGUUCUGCGGCGGGCUGCUGCUGGCCGUGUAUGUGGCGUCCGUCAGCCGCGCCGUGCUGCGGGUGCAGGCGCGGUGCCCGGCCGGCCGCACGUUCGCCGUGGCGCUGCUGUGGUACAACGCGCUGGUGCUGGGCCACGUCUGGGUGGUCGCGUACGAGUUUGUGCCGGGCGGCCCGCUGCUGCGCGAGCGCACGUGGGCGGUGAUGGCCGCGAUGAUGCUGGCGCUGCUGGCGGGCGCGCGCGCAGCUGCCGCCGGGGCGCCGGCGCCGGCGGCGUCCGCGUCCGCGGUGUUCGGGGCAGACCGCAGGCGGCACCGGCGCGCGCUCCUGGCGUGCGUCGGCGCCGGCGCGCUGGCCAUGGCGUGGCGGCUGCCGGCGGCCACGCAGGCGCCGGUGCCGCAUGCCGCCGAGCAGCGGGCGCUGACCGUGGGCAUCUGGACCGUGCACUUCGACCUGGACAACGACAUGUGGCUGGCGUCCGACCGCAUUCUCGCGGCCGUGGACGUUAUGGGGUUCCUCGAGUCGGACACCGAGCGCAUCAUCAUGGGCGGGCGCGACUGGACGCAGCGCGUCAGCGAGCAGCUGGGCUUCUACGUGGACUACGGGCCGGCGCCGCGCAAGCACACGUGGGGGUGUGCGAUGAUGUCCAAGUUCCGCAUCGUCAAGUCGACGCACCACCUGCUGCCGUCGCCCGACGGCGAGCUGGCGUGCGCCAUCCACGCGACGCUGGACGUGUACGGGCGGCCGGUCGACGUCGUCGUGUCGCACAACGGCCAGGAGGAGAACGCGCUGGACCGCCGGCUGCAGACCACCGAGCUGGCACGCAUCAUGCGCGAGUCGCCCAACCCGGUGGUUUUCGCCGGCUACGUGGUCACCAGCCCGCACGCCGAGAACUACCGCAUUCUGUACGAGCAGGGCCACAUCCACGACGUCGACCCGACCGACGACGACCGCUGGUGCCAGUACAUUGGCUUCCGCGGGCUCAAGCGCACGGGCUACGCGCGCGUGUCGCGCGGCACCAUCACGGACACCGAGAUCCAGGUGGCCAAGUUCGUCGUGCCGCCGCUGCCGCAAGGCGGCGCCGCGCCAGCCUGGGCGCCCAGCUACGCGCGCGUCAGCGAGUCGGCGUACGCGCCCGAGCUGCGCUUCCCGGCCAUGUUCCGCGGCGAGGGCGUGCGCGGGCACUUCUACCACGUGUUCAAGGAGCCGCGGUACUACGGCUGA